UAAUUAAUUAAUUCGUCAUGGAAUUUAUAAUUAGCUCUACCACCAUCUACGUCAUCGCCAUAUCCUUCAUUUUCCUUUUCUACUAUUACCGUCUCCGGCUAACCUCUGCGAGCAAAGCGCCGCCGGCAGCUGGCGGCGCACGGCCCUUCACAGGCCAUCUCCACCUCAUGGGCGGCGGUGGUGGUGGGUCACAGCUCCCCCACAUAAAGUUAGCCGCCCUCGCAGAUAAACACGGACCCAUUUUCACCAUCCGUCUAGGGCUCCGCCGCGCAGCGGUGGUGAGCAGCCCAGAGUUGGCCAAAGAGCUGUUCACCGCCUGCGACGCCGCCGUCUCUGGCCGUCCGCAACUAAGGGCCGCCAAACACUUGGGCUACAACUUCGCCAUGUUCGCCUUCUGCCCCUACGGUGCCUACUGGCGCGGGGUUCGCAAAAUUGUCGCGGCCGAGCUUCUCUCUAACCGUAGAGUAGAUCUUCUCGGGCACGUGCGCGUUUCGGAAAUUGAAAUCUCCAUUGACGAGCUUUACAAGCUUUGGGAGAAAAGAAAUUCUGAGGGAGUGUUAUUAUUAUCGGUGGAGAUGAAGCAGUGGUUCAGCAAUUUGAAUUUGAAUGUGGUCCUCAUGAUGGUGGCCGGGAAGAGAUACUACUACGGUGGAGGAGGAGCGGAGACGGAGACGAGGCGGUGCAGGGCGGUGAUGAGGGACUUCUUCGACUUGGCGGGGAUGUUUGUGGCCGCUGAUGCUUUGCCUUAUCUUGGGUGGAUGGAUUUAGGUGGGCAUGAGAAGAGAAUGAAGGAGACUGCUAAAGAAUUGGACGGAAUCGUUGGAGGCUGGUUGGCGGAGCACCGGAAAAGGGAAUAUUCCGGUGGAGUUGUUGAUGAUGAUGAUCGGGAUUUCAUGGAUGUGAUGCUGUCAGUUGUACAAAGUGCUAAUCUUCAAUGUCAGUAUGAUGCUGAUACCAUCAUCAAAGCUACCUGCACGAUUUUGAUUGCCGGCGGGAGUGACACAACUACAGUGAUGUUGGUAUGGAUACUCUGCCUCUUAUUGAACAAUCCUAGUGUCCUAAAAAAGGCUCAAGAAGAAAUAGACGAGCAAGUAGGGAGAGAAAGACGAGUAAACGAAUCUGAUAUCACCAAUCUAGUCUAUCUGCAAGCCAUAGUAAAGGAAACGAUGAGACUACACCCAGCGGCCCCCUUAGGGGGGCCGCGAGAGUUCACAGAAGACACCACCGUCGGAGGCUACCUUGUUCCAAAAGGCACAUGGUUGAUAGUCAACGCAUGGAAGUUGCAUAGAGAUCCACGUGUGUGGGGAGAUGAUGUAUUGGAGUUUAGGCCGGAGAGAUUUUUGAGUGGGCCCCACAUGAACGUAGACGUUAGAGGCCAAGACUUCGAGUUGAUCCCGUUUGGUGCUGGUAGGAGAAGUUGCCCUGGGACAAGUUUCGGCUUGCAUAUGUUGCAUUUAGUGUUGGCUAGUUUGCUGCAGGCAUUCGAUCUCUCCACGGUGUCGUCGAAUGAAAUAGUCGAUAUGACUGAAAGUGUUGGGUUGACAAAUAGCAAAGCCACACCACUUGAUGUUCUUGUUGCGCCAAGACUAUCUCCCGGUCUUUACUAGGCCAUAUAUUAUCGGUAUAACUGGUAUUUAUCGUCUAUGUCGAAAAUUUAAUUUGUAUUUUUUAGAAUAAUAGACUGGCUAUGUUUGUUACCGUUUUCAAAUUAUUUCCACACUUUUCCCAAAA